AUGGACGACAUGUAUUUAGAUGUUACGGGCGGAUACACCGACGAUUGCAGAAUAACUCAAAUUGAAUAUCAUUCUUUUUUACCUUAUUCUACGUCAGCUCUCUCCAAUAACGAUGAAGUGCGUAUCGCACUACAUAACACAGAAUCUUAUACUUUACCAUGUGAGAGUUAUAUUUACAUCGAAGGAACAAUAAUCAAACCUGCAGAUAUUACUGAUGACAUCCGAUUUAUAAACAACGGGCUAGCGUUUCUUUUCUCCGAAAUGAAAUAUGAGAUAAACGGCAUUCAAAUUCAAAAACUCGCUAAUCCAGUUAUAACGACUACAUUAAAGGGAUAUUGUUCGUAUAAUAAAACGAAUAUUACAUCACAUCACAACUUUGGCUGGGAUAACGAUAUUAAAAAUGCUAAUAAAGAUUUUAUUGAAAGCGGCAAUUUUAAUGGUUGUAUUAAUCUUAAAGAUUUGUUCGGUUUUUGUGAAGAUUACAAACGUAUUUUAAUACAUUGUAACCAACAACUUAUAUUAAACCGAGCAUCACUGGAUAUAAAUGCCGUUAAGCAGUAUAAGAAUAAUGAAGUUGUCGCAGACGCUCCUAAACUAAAAGACGUUAAAAUAAACAUAACAAAAAUAUUAUGGAGAAUGCCCAUAGUCAAGGUCAGUGUUAAAGAAAAAAUAAGAUUGUUGAAAGUAGUAAACAAUCAGAAACCGUUGAAAUGCGCGUUUAGAUCGUGGGAAUUGUGUGAAUAUCCUUUUUUACCUCAAAACACUUCGCAUUCCUGGAAAGUGAAGACAUCUAACAAAUUAGAAAAACCUAGAUAUGUCAUAAUCGGAUUUCAAACUGGUAGGAAAAAUAGCUCGAAUAAAACAAUGUCACAUUUUGACCACUGUAAAAUUAAAAACUUGAAGGUCUAUUUAAACUCAGAAGUGUUUCCCUAUGAAGAUUUCCAAAGUGACUUUAUCAGGAAUAAGUUGGCUACAUUAUACCGCGCCUAG